CAGAUACACCGGAUCGAUAAGCUUCCCUCUCCCUAGAAUUUUAAGCAAUGUAAACAAAAAACGAUAACUAUCAUCUAGACACGCGCGAACAGUUCAUUGAAUUGUGCGUCACUUGUUUGUUAUCCUUAUUAUUAUUCUUAUUCUUGUUAUUAUUAUUACUCUUUAUACACAUAUAUACAACACACAUCUACGAAUCUACAGUUGUAUAUUUUCCGCUAAAAAAUCCAUACAACGUGAACGUGCAUCAGCCAGUCAGUGAUCAGCCGUCACAAUAUGACGUCAUUCCACAACAAGUUCUAUUUGUUUUAACUAUUUGAACAAAAUGGAGGCAAUAUGAACAAUCGAAACUUAACUUUAGUGGACAAGAUGAUUAAAAGACCAAGGACGGGUCACGGAAGUUCAAGAAUGCCCGAUUAAGCAAUCAAUUAAAUUAAAUGAUCUAGAAGAGAACCCAAAAACUAGAACCUAGAUAAAAAUUGAACCAAAGAAACUAUUAAUAAAAAUGAGCCACGCACAACAACACGUGCUAGCUAGCGCAAUAGUCCUGGCCUUGUUGGUGGUCUGCGGAAUCCAUGUCUUCCUGUUCCCGAUGUACACGCCAACUCCGCAGCUAAGAUUGACCAAGGUCCUGGCUUACGAGCAAGCUUUGUGUCGCACCAGCUUUAAAAAGACCAGUUUUAAGAUGCAGAGGCACCGGAGCGAGGAUGGUUAUGAGGAAGAUGACGGCUGGUCCAGAAACUCCUGUCCCAGGUAUGGAAUCGUAUCAGCAGCCCAGGGUGGAAGAUUGGGGAACCAGAUCUGGGAGUAUGCUUCUGUUUGGGCAACUGCUAGACGAACUGGGUUGGACCCCUUUAUGCCCAGGUGUAUUCUGAAGACUCUUCAGGAACAUUUUGAUAAUUUGAGCAUCCCGCCGUUGAGUUAUAUUGGAAGAUGUACGCUAGAUGCUGGUCAAGUUGUCAAUUCUUUGGGGCAGUGGAAUAGUACCCAGCAAACUAUUAUUAUUCCCAGACACGCAGCCUACUGGAGCCUGAUCCUAAUUUGGCCAGACGACGUCCGCCGUGAGUUUACAUUCAAGCCAUUUCUCAAACAAUACGCUUCAAUGUUGCUAAGAAAUCUGUCAGUGCGCUUCAACAUCCGGGAACCAACUUACGUCGGAAUCCAUGUUCGCAGAACCGACUACGUAGACUAUUUAUGGCAGAAAUUGAAGGUUAAACCCGCACCUGCGCGGUACUACCUCUCGGCGAUGAACUACUUUUCCAACAAGUACAAGAACGUCGUGUUUGUCGUCGCCAGCGACAGUAUUUCAUGGUGCAAAAACCACCUCAACAAUCAGAAAUACAGAAUUGCAUUUAUUUCUGACCGCGACGCUCACGCCCCCGGUAAAGAUUUAGCGGUAUUAUCAUCGUGUAAUCACAGUAUUAUCGAUUACGGUACUUACGGAUCAUUCGCGGCUCUUCUGUCUGCCGGUGAGACCAUUGUUUAUAAUGUCACCGCCUAUUUUUCUACUAUGAUUGCUGAGGUUUUGCCAAAUUGGCAGGUGAUGAGUUAGUUUCAGUUAUUUUAUCGAUUAAUUCAUUAAUUACCUGACAAAAAACUUCUAUUAUUAACCAUAAAGGUCCACUGAAAUGUUUUAUUGAUGAAACUAUUUUUUUUUUCCGAAAAAAGUCCCUUUAUUUCAAAGGAAAUCGCAAAAGUUCUCUUUUUUCUGGAUAGCUUGACAAAAUGGACGUCAGUUGACAAAAUGGCGCCCAUGCGCGCGCAAUUUUUUCCGCGGGAAGUUUGAGAUUUAAAAGUGGACUUUUCUUGUUAAGAAAUAUAACAAUCGGAAUAUUAUAUAUACUCGUGUACAAUGAUUUAAUCUGUGAUUCUCUUUCUUAUUGUGCCAAAAAAAUAUAAAUUUUCAAUAUUUAUCUUGUAUAUCUAGAAUCAAAAAUAUUUAUUGAACAUGAAGUUUUAUGAAAGUUACGUUUUUUAUUAACAAUCUUGUAAAUAAAUAGUAAAUUUGUUCCAAAUUUACUGAAUAGCAACACUUGGUAGUCAAAAAAGAAAAUAUUGCGUCAGUUUGAUUCAAAUUUGAGUUAAAUAGGGAUAAACUCCUACUAAUUGGCUCCAAAUUAAGAUGAAUAAAGAUUCGCUCCGCCCCUUGACUCUAAUUUUUGUGAAAAACAAAAUUAAAGUUUACAAAUUCAAUUUCAAUAGUCUUAUCAAACUUUUGAAGUUGAUAUAGAAGAAAUGUGUUCGGCUAUUUUGACUCAAAAUAGGGUUAAAAAAGAGUUAGAGGACGUCUUUUUGAGUGGAAAGGGUAAAAGUGGGGAUAAACUCCGCCCACUUGGCUCAAAGUUGGGUCUAGUAGGGAUUUGCUCCGCCCCUUUGACUAAAUUAGUGCCACUAAUAAAAGAAAUAUAAUUUUUUGAGCUAAAGAAUCUUAUCAGACUCUGAAAAUUGAUGAUAGGAAAUAUAGAAUCGGCUAUUUUGUUACAAAUUAACAUUACAAAGCUACAAAAUUUGCCUUCUUUACAAAAAUUAACUGUAGAGAGGGGAUAAGCUCCGCCCAUUUGAUUCAAAACAAUCUCUCGUAGUGGGAAUAAAACACGCCUAAUUGGUUAAAAAUUGAGUUGGUGGGAAUUUGCUCCGCCUUUAUGACUUAAAUUAGUGUCACUAAUGAAAAAAAUUAAAUUUUUUGAAUUAAGUAAUCUUGUCAGGCUCUAAAAAUUGAUUAUUGAGAAUAUAAAAUCGGCUAUUUUGUUUCAAAUCAACAGUACAAAGCUAUAAAAUUGGCCAAUUUUACUCAAAAUAACUACAGAGUGAAAGUAAACAAAAAAUGAUUUGAUAGGGAUUUGCUGACUUUUUCAGUCAAAAUUGAUGAUAAAAGAUAUAAAAUCGGCUAUUAUUACUCAGAUUGUUAUUCCAAAGCUAUAAAGUUUGCCUAUUUGAUUCAAAAUAAACACGGAGUGGAGAUAAACUCCGCCCUUAUGACUCAAAUUAGUGUCAUUAAUGAUGAAGUUUACUUUUUUGUGUCAAAAUUGAUGGUAAGAAAUAUAGAAUCGGC